AUGUGUUCGAUGGCCAGCAAUCAGAAUAACAACCAGUUUAUUGGCCAGAUUGUUCCCUUCAUGUUCAAGCCCGAGGUUGGGGGUUGCUUUCCAUAUGUCUGUGCCGAGAACACAUUCGUCACCCAUGCACCAUACAUGGCCAUCAACCAAGGAAAUACCUUCUUUGAGGUGUGGCAGGUCAAACAUAAUGGUGUCGAGCACUGGAGAGAGAAGGACCUUGCCAAGUGGUGGAAGGGUGACCAGACCAAGAAGUACACCUUUGGCAGGUUCGAUCGCCAUCCAAUCAAGAUCAUCGUGUCCAAAGAAGCAACACUCGCCUGGCAGGACUACUACAUCAAUCCUUUGACCCAAGGUAUUUCCAAGAUCAUCAACUCAGCUGACCUCUCCAAGUAUACGUUCAAGUCUCCACUCGCAGGUAUCGUCCAGAUCAAGGAUCGCAAUGUCAUUGUCAAGUUUGAAGACAUCAAGAAGGAGAACAACCUUGGUGAGCGUAAUCAAAAGGAUAAACCAUGGCCUAUCCAUGGCCUAUUCAAAGGUGUUCUUUUAUCUGGUGCCAUUGAGAACUUGGGGACCAGUCCCAUCCCUGAGGUCGCCGUAUUCCAGAAUGAGUUGGCCAAGUACAUGGACAGUUGUGCUCAAGUUGUCCUAGCCAAGAUCUGGGCCAUCUGGACAUUGGAGCGCGUAGUUGAGAUGUACACUGCCCUUCGCUCUGGUGUGGUCACCAAGAACAGUCCAUUCAUUGUCUACAAGAUUGAUUACUCAAAGGUCUACCGUCCCAAAGCCAACAAGAUCAUAGAGAAUAUGUCCAAGGGCAGUGGAUUCGCAGUCAUCACUGGCAACACUCAAUGGGAUACGAUAUGUGAAUCCCUGAAACUCAAAGGAUUAAGUACAUCACCAAUGCCCGUGGCCAACAGCUUGUUAUACAACAGAUUCGUGUUUGGCAAGUCCUUGGGAACUGGAAUGGGACACAUCGACAACAUGUUCCUCUAUGACUAUGGAGGCGACAGGACGAUGCCAGCCAUCCGCAUGUGGAUCCUUGGAAUUGCUGAUCGCAUAGCCGAGGUGCACUCCACUGGUGAGGACGGUAUCAAAUCGUGCUUUGAAGCUACCUCUAUCAGCUAUGAGUUUGUGCGUGCCAAGAAACGAUAUGAGGACAACAUGCGUAGAUCUGGUGUCCAUCUGAUCAAUGCCUGCGCAUGGAAAGAUCUGUCCAAGAUGCUCCACUACCGUGUGAUCGAUGCAGCGUUCGUGAAGGCGACAGUCAACUCCAGCAUGGAUGAUGAGGCCUAUAUGGCAAUUGGAUUCGCCUCAGUGAUCCAUGACGUUCCCGACUAUGGCUACGAUCUGAGUGUGUGCGACUGCUCCAACAUACUCUUCACAUUGGGCGCCCGUGAUGGACAGUACCCUGGCAUCGAGUAUGCCUUUGCCGUCACCCUAGCCGGUGUCGAAUAUGUUGCCGACAUUCACAGGUAUGCUGUCAGUGGUCUCACACUUGUCUCCACUCACUAUUGGCAACUCUGCAAUGCUCGCCACCGUAUCCUCAACGCCGCCAUGAGUGUUGCCGAGCAUGCCCACCCUCGCCGCUUUGCCAAGAAGGAUUCAAUGAUCGGCACGAUCACUGACCGCAAGGAGGAAGAGUACUUUGUGCAACCACACAACCACCAAUCUUGUGAGAGCCAGUACCAACAGCUGAAGGAGAGUGCACUAAAGUUGGGCCAAGCAUAUGACACUCUGCUCCGCAGCAUGGUGGCACCUGUAUAUGAGCGCAUCUAUGGAAAGGCACUGGAUAAUGACAUUGUUGGAUUGGAGGAGGUGGACAUCAUCGUCAACAUUAUCGACUGUGUCUGCAUUGAUAGUCGCAACGAGGGAAUCGAACUCCUCUGGGACAUGGCCCUAUUCAUGUGGGGCGACUCUGGCAUCUUGUGGCACUCAUUCCUUGGCAGUCUCUUGGUGGUCAAGGAUCGUAUCGUUGGUGAUGACACUGCUGGCUAUGGAUAUGAGGACAGACCAUGGGAGUAA